AUGAAAGUUAGACCAUGCGCCUCUAGUAUAUACCCUAGCGCGUGUUGUGGUGCUAUAAUUGGACAUAACAACGUCCUUAACUCCCAGUUCUUACAACCUCGCAUAGCAUUGGCCGCAUCGUCGCCUGCAGCCCAGAAUCGAUGGAGCUCACAUUCGCCAUUGGGCUCACCUCCGGCCAUUUCGAGGAAGAAGGUCACUCUCAACACCCUCCAGAACCUAUAUAAGAAGAGGGAACCCAUCACCAUGAUCACCGCACACGACUUCCCAAGCGCACAUGUCGCCGACCACGCGGGAAUGGACAUGAUCCUCGUGGGUGAUAGCCUUGCCAUGGUUGCCCUAGGCAUGGAGGACACCAGCGAAGUCCUCCUCGAAGAGAUGAUCCUCCACUGCCGCUCCGUAGCUCGUGCCUCCAAGUCCUGCUUCAUCGUCGGCGACAUGCCUAUGGGCAGCUACGAAAUCUCCCCCACCCAAGCCGUCACCUCCGCCAUCCGCCUCAUCAAACAAGGCCGGAUCCACGCCGUCAAGCUCGAAGGCGGUGCCGUCAUGUCCGACGCCAUCGCCCAUAUCACCCGCGCCGGCAUCCCCGUCCUCGCCCACAUCGGCCUCACUCCGCAGCGCCAAAAUGCCCUCGGCGGCUUCCGCGUGCAGGGCAAGUCCGCCGCCAGCGCCCUGCGCCUCCUCCACGACGCCCGCACCGUGCAGGCCGCUGGCGCGUUCGGCGUCGUGCUCGAGGCCGUGCCUGCGGAGGUGGCGGCGUACGUGACGCGGGCGCUGCGGAUCCCGACGAUUGGAAUCGGCGCGGGGAACGGAUGUUCGGGGCAGGUGCUGGUGCAGGUGGAUAUGACGGGGAAUUUUCCGCCGGGGAGACACUUGCCGAAGUUUGUGAAGCGGUAUGGGGAUCUGUGGGGGGAGGCAUCGAGGGCGAUUGAGUCGUAUCGGGAGGAGGUGAAGAGUCGGGCGUAUCCGGCAACGGAGCAUGAGUAUCCGAUGGCGAAGGAGGACUUUGCCGAGUUUGAACGGUUGGCGGAGGGGGUGGGGAAGGAGUGAGGGGGACGGGAGCCUUCGUGGCCUUGGAUGAGAGUCUCCAAGGUGCGGUAUCUGUGUCCAGCUUUGCAAUUCUCAAUUUCCACCAAUGCGAAUUGAGAUGGGUGAUGCUAAGUGACUGCUCGGGGUGUUUUUAGAUGGCAGGGACCAAACUACAGUUUUAGCUGGCGCCCAUAUUGGCGGCACAAUAUUAUAUCGCGUUUCUGACGACUUGCUCUAUUCGAUGAGGCUAGCUUUGAAUGUUCAUAUGCUCCUUGUUCGC